AUGCCAGCACCACUUGCAAAAGGUAUCAUUAUCACUGUCUCUGUCCUCGUUGCAGCAGGCAUCGCCGUAUACGAGUCUCCACAGUUUAAGCAAUGGGUCACAACUUCGCGGCGUAAAAUCGCCUUAGCUCUUCACAACCUCGGUGAUGAGAUUCAACCACGGGAGACAGUCAAGGAGGAUAUCUCCAUGUCCGAGGAAGUUGGAGAGGUCGCUGAAGAACGCAGGCGGAUUGCCCGCGCUGAAAUUUUGCGUCGAGGUACGCUCAUGGAAUCACAGCGCAAGACUCAGUCAGAUCAAGCUCUCGGUAGCUUUGACACCCUUGUGGACAACGAUGGCAACUUACGGGCCACUAAAUACAUCUCCGAUGCCCCUUCAAGCCCAGUAGUUGGCGCUAACUCGACCGGGGUUGAAAUUGGCACCACAGAGGCUGUCCGACGAGGAGGUAAACAGACCCAGGCUGAUCUCCCGAACAUGGACGCAGAUCGAUUGCAUCUUGAGAUCCCUUCAGCUCCUGCUUCAACCCAUCCAUCGGAAUCUAUGAUUCAAUUCACGCCUACUUCCGAAACCCCAGACCAAGACAGCCUCUUUGACCCUUUCUCGCCCAGCUCACCCCUUUCCGCCUCUGGCUCUUCCAGUUCGAGCCGCACAGAAGAUCACCAGCAGACAUAUUAUGCUCACCCUCACUCUCCAGUCAACCAUACUUACCAGCACGAUCUACUUGCUGACUUAGAUGAUUUCGGUCAUGGAAAUAUCCACCCAGCUCAUGAUGUCUCGGCUGCCCCUUCUACAACUGGCACAUUUAGUCACGUCGGGGAAUUCAACGAUGAAACUUCAGAUGGUACUCUUAGUGACCUCGGUGGACGCUCGGUCAGCGGCGCAGCUACUCCUGCAAGCUGGUCUGAGAUUGGAAGUGUGAUUAGCGAUGAGGACGCUACUCAUCAACAGUUGCUAUGA